AUGGAUGCGCAGAGUGACACAGCCGCCACGGACGGUCAGACCAGACCAGCACUCUCUCCACCCGCCGAGAUCGCAGUCCCCAGCACGCCGACUCCAGAGCUGGGGAGCCCAGGACGGCAGUCAACCGCACAGGCUCAGUCGCAGAGUGACCGCACCAGCUCUGAGAAGCCAGCGACAGCUUCACCGACGCCAACCAGGCCGUCGUCGUCUUCUGACAUGACUCCCCCCCCGUCCACCCGGGCGUCGGCAAGCGUGUCGACGCCGGCUCAGCGCUCCCGGUCUCAGUCGCAUCCGUUUCUCGCCUCUCCGCCGUCGACGGUCAACCAGUCGCUGUGUGAUGCAUACGGCCUGUCAGAGCGCCUGCCUACCGUGGGCGAGAUCGAUGAUGCGGACGAGCCUGCGCUCCGGAAGAUAGCCAACGAGCUGCUUGUCGUCGCCCAGGACUUUCGCAUGUCGGCCGCGCACUUCAAGCUCCAGAACAGCCUCCUCUCGCUCACCAGCAGUGAAGCCGUCAAGCGCGCAGAGGUAGAGCAGCAGCUCGCCAAACGAGAGGUCGAGAUCCUGCAGAGCGACGAGUACCGUGCUCGUCGAGGUAUUGCGCAGGAGGAGUCCGCGCGCAGCCUCCAGAGCCACGAGCUCUCCGGUGCCAGAGCGAGGAUACAGGACCUGGAACAGAUGAACGCUACGCUGGACCGCAGGCUCCACCGAGCGAAACAGAUCAUCGAGGAAAAGUCGGACCAGUACGAGAUGCUGCUGGAGGAGAACGGACGGCUGAAGAAGCGCAUCCGGGACAACCGUGAACAUUUCACCAUGAUGAUGGACGGCGGAUCCCUCCCGUCCAGCCCCCGUGCGGAGCUACAUACGCCACAGCGCAAAGCAGCGGCCGCGCAGCAGCAGCGACACGUCCCCGAGAGUGCUCGGCCCUACAGUGGUAAACAACUCGGCAGCCAGGACCUGCUGGCCACCCUCCUGGCGGCCGACCAGGUCCUGCACGGGGACAGCACACGCAACCAGCCCUCACAGCAGUCCAAGGCCCGGGCCAACCGAAGCUACCACGGCCACACUCGAGGGGCCCAUUCCAUGUCUUCGCUGACUCCCAUCUCCCACGUCAGGAUGUCCGAGCCGGCCCGUUUCUUCACCCCCGUGAACAAGAAGGCGAGAGUGUCCCGGACGUCACCCACGCCCGCAUCGAGGCAUCCGGACGAGCAGGACGGGGACCGCCGUGACCGUGACAGCACCCUGUCCGCCUCCGACGUCGAGGCCGUCACCGACGAAGACAUCCCCGCCUCGCAGGCCAGCUCUCUCGCCACGAGCAUGCUUCGUCGCUAUCCGGGCCCCAGCCAGGAGGCGCCUUCAAUCCCUACCAACAUCGAGCAAACUGUUCGGCCACGUCAAGAAGGCUGGCGUCGACCAGGCGAAACGCAAGAGUAG